UAAUGUAAUGUGCUAACUAAUGUUAAAAGAGUCCCUCCAAAAACUCUUGGUACAGCUUAAGAGCCAUUGCCUAUUUUAACCAACACACCGCAACAAUUCAGACCCCUUUUUUCUCCUACCUCAGAAUCCAAACCCAGAUUGCAGCUACUCACUUUCAGAUUACACGAGAUUUUCUUAAAUAAAAACUGUUCCACCAUACGUAACAGAGCAUUUUUGGGUCAGUUUUUGUGUCAAAUUUUUGAAAAAAAUGGAUUACUGGUCACCAUCUGUUAGCGUCGAUGAUGAAUUUGAGAAGCUUGUUCUUAGAAUAAACCCACCAAGGGUAACUGUUGAUAAUGCAUCAAACAAGAAAGCUACUUUGAUCAAGGUAGAUAGUGCAAACAAGAGAGGAAGUUUAUUGGAGGUGGUUCAGGUUCUUACUGAUCUGAACCUGAUAAUCAGGAGGGCUUACAUUUCUUCAGAUGGGGAAUGGUUUAUGGAUGUUUUUCAUGUUACUGAUCAAUACGGAAAUAAGGUCUCUGAAGAUAACAUUGCCGAGCGCAUUCAGCAGUCACUGGGACCAAGGGGACGCAGCUUUCGAUCCUUGACAAGAUCUGUGGGCAUCCAACCUACGGCAGAUCAUACGACCAUUGAGUUGUCGGGAAGAGACCGACCGGGCUUGAUUUCUGAGGUCUUUGCCAUUCUUGCUAACCUCAAGUGUAAUGUAGUUGCUGCCGAAGUAUGGACCCAUAACUCUAGAAUGGCUUCGGUUGUUUAUAUAACUGACGAAGAAAAUGGAUUGUCCAUCGACGAUCCAGAUCGACUUGCUAAGAUCAAGCAACUUCUCCUUUAUGUUCUAAAAGGAGACACAGAUAAGCGAAGCGCCAACACUGAAGUUUCUGUCGGUUCUACUCAUACAGAGAGGAGGCUGCAUCAAAUGAUGUAUGCUGAUCGUGAUUAUGAUAAUGAGAAUGAGAAUAUGAAUUGCAUGAUAUCUGAUCGGAGCAAACCCCUCGUGACUGCAGAAAACUAUGUAGAUAAAGGCUACACUGUGGUUAACGUGAGCUGUCCAGAUCGUCCUAAGCUGCUUUUUGACACAGUAUGCACAUUGACAGAUAUGCAAUAUGUUGUCUUCCAUGCCACUGUCAUUGCUGAAGGACCAGAGGCACAUCAGGAAUAUUAUAUAAGGCAUGUCGACGGGUGCCCCAUUAGUUCAGAAGCAGAGAAGCAACGUGUAAUUCAUUGCUUGGAAGCAGCAAUCAAGAGACGAACAUCUGAGGGAAUAAGACUAGAAUUAUGUAGUGAAGACAGGGUCGGCCUUCUGUCGGAUGUAACUCGCAUAUUUAGAGAGAAUGGUCUUUCAGUUACGCGAGCAGAGGUCACAACCCGAGGUACUCAGGCUGUAAACGUUUUCUAUGUUGCUGAUGCGUCCGGAUACCCAGUUAAAAGUGAAACAAUAGAAGCAGUUCGUAAAGAAAUAGGCCUAACAAUCCUCCGUGUGAAGGAUGAUUCGUACUCUAUUCCACAGACGGGAAAAUUCUCUUUUGGUGAACUCUUCCGCUCAAGGUCGGAGAAAUUCCUCUACAAUUUAGGCCUAAUAAGGUCAUGUUCGUGAGCAGUUUAUUAGUCGAUUUCACAACGCAAUCUGUAGAUAAUAGUAAUGGUGAAAUCGUGGACUUCAGAAUAUUUCCGAGAUUUAGUCAAGCCCCCAUUUGAUCUUAAAACUCGAUUAAUGGCAAAACCUGCAUAUCGUUCGACCAUAUAAUUGUUUAUUCUAGCUGUAUGUCGACUAUGCUCCAUCCUCCAUCAUUGUUCUUGCAUUGUGAAAUCUCUUUGUUCCAUUCC